AUGGCUAUCUGCAACGAAGCCGAAACGUCAGCGACUAGUGUUUCUCCUAGUUUUCCGACGCGGUCGUACCCAGAAGACCAAGGACUUUGUGUGCUAGAAGGAAAAACACAGUAUGUAGAGUUUGCUGGAAAUUUAGUUCCUGUUACAAAAUCUGGCGAACAGCUGCAACUAGGGUUCCGAGCUUUUAGAGAAAACCGACUGCCCUUCACUGCCCGAGUGAAAGACCCGCACGCUGACUCUGUAGGGAGAACUCUCUUCAUGAGAGAGGCUAGACUACCGAAAGGAGAACCACCUCAACAACCCAUCUGUGUGCUCAACAUUGUCCUUCCAGAUGAAAUCAUCCCAGAGGCCCUACUCUCUGAACACGAACUGCACAAAUACAGCUUUAUUCAGGAUUCAAGAGGGUUGGAGUCGUACCAGAGGGUAGACCUGAGGUUGUCUGACAUCAGUAACCUGCUGGGGGAGGACUGGGUGAGUCUGGCCCACGAGCUGUCUGUGUCAUCUGCAGACAUCAACAGACUCAAGUCAGAACAUCCGCAGAGUUCUGCGCAACAGGGACUAGCUAUGCUGAGAUUCUGGCUCACACAGGCCGGCAACAAAGCUCAAGCCAGCACACUGGAGAGCGCACUACAGAACAUCGGCAGGGAUGAUAUUGUACAACAAUGUGUCUUCAACGUCGACCACUCUGGGAUCCAGUUGCUCAAAGAUGAUUCACGAGAUGCCUCAAUUAGAAGAAGUAUACCCUACUCUGAUAAGGACAUUAUGAAGGACUCAGAAUCUUUUGAAGAUCUUUCUAGAACUCAAUUUAGGAAAAAGAGUGACUUUCGAGAUAAGGAUGAUAGGGAAGAAAAGAAAUAUGAAGCAGAGGAGAAAGAAGUUGAAGAAGUUAAGAAAUCAGUAUCAGAAAGAAGAAAAGAAAUUGAGAAAAGGUUAUCUUUGGAAAAACCACUUCCACAAAAGACUGAAAUAAUCAUUGAGAAAUUUGGUGCUGAAAAAAUUGAAGAUGUAAGUGAAAAAGAAAUUGCAGAAGAGAAGAGAGUGUCAUCUCCUGAAGAAGAGGAACCAUCAGAACUAUCUUUUGAACAAAAGAGGUUGUCUUUUGAACAAGGGAACAGAGUAAUUGAAAUGAAACCUGAUAAAACAACAAUGAAGGAAGUUAAGGAAAGAGCUGAUGAAAGGUUUCUUGCUGAAGAACGUAAAGCAGCAGAAACUAUUCAAGAAAAAAAAUCACUAAUUGAUGAAACAUCAAUACCUUUUGAGGAAAAACUAAAAUCUUUUGAGAAAAGUGAAAAGGAGGAGAAAUUAAAAGAAGAAAAGCAUAAGGAAAAGAAAGAAGAAAAGAAGAAGGAAGAGCUAAGAAGAGACUCAGCGCUUUUUGAAGGUGUGUCGCAAGGACUGGUUCGACUGGAUGCUGCAUUUACUGCUGCUCCUAUGGUCCAAGACCUCUUGUCGCCAAAAUCUUCAAAGACUCCACCACCAAGUCCAGCCGAAUUCAAAGAUUUAACAGUGGCGACAGCAUCGCCGCAGGACGACGAUGACUCGAUGGAUACAGAUGGGUUCCAAGAACAAUUUCUCUUGGAGACUCCAACUCCUGUGGAGAUCGAAAACAAAUUUCGAGGUCAUAUUGCUCGACUCGAUGAUGACUUUGACGAAAAAUUUCCUUCUCCCCCUCGUGAUACUCCUAUCCCUUCUAUUUCUCGCCCUGGUCAUCUUAAUAUUAACCAAGUAGUUUUUAGUUCCCCUGAAGAUGAAAAAGGAGUUGCAGACUCUAAACGUAGGGAACAUCCUAAACUACCAGAAUUAGAAAAGACUGAUCAAAUUGAACGGUUGGUAGGAGGUGUUGGGGGAGCCGGGACCAGUCCAGUCGAUGGGAAAUUAAUAGUAAGCCCUUCCUCUACCAAAGAAUCAAAAAGUCCUCAAGCACCAACUCUUGAGCUAGUAAUUGGUCGUAAAGAAAUACGUACGAAGGAAGCAAGUGCUAUGUCUGAGAGUAGACUCACUCUAUAUGCCACACAUGAUGUAGAGAUUUCAAUUAAGUCACAAUCACAUAUUAGUUUAACAACAACGAGAAGAGAUGCUGUGGGUAAAGAAACUUCAGAGACCUACAAUGUUGAUGCAAGUAUUGUGUCAGAAGGACAAGAUACUGUUUCAGAUUACAUUAUACCACCAGAUCAAACCAAAGAGAAAAAACGUGAGGAAAGUGUGAUUUUUAGUAAGAAAAAAAGUAUAUAUACUUAUGACUCUUACGAAGGCAACUCGCCAAUAUUAGACAGUCCAGCUACUGAAGAAAGUUUAUCACACCCCUCUCAUCACAUAACUGAUACUGGUAUCAGUAUCACAAGAGGCACUGCCUCAGAAACUAUUACCAGCACAACUGAACACGUAGAUCAAGAAGUGAAAGAGUUUAUAUCUGAUACUGCAGUGGAUGUUGAGCUUGAAGAGUUAGAAUUAACAGAUGCAGGUUUAAGUCCUAUACAGCCAGACGACGCAGGGAUUCCUAGCUCAGAUCUUACAUUUGUCGAGGAAGACAUCUGCCAGUCAAAGUUCUGUGAUAUUGGUCUGAGUCCAAUUGGUCAUCAUGCAGAAUCUGUAGCACUUUCCCCAUUGCAGGUUUUAACCUCUGAAGCUGGUGUCGUCACAGACAGUAUCAGUGUAUGUGAUGCAGGAGUAAGUCCUAUAAAAUUAGAUGAAUCACAAUUUGAGAACGUGAUUUUUCAACCGAAAUUAAAGCAUAUGUCCAACGACGAUACUGAUGUAAGAAGACGAGGAUCCACAGACGUAAAAGCUAUUGUGAGAUUGCUUGAAGAACAAACACGAUUCGAAGAAGUGAUUUCAAAAGAACAAAGGAAGAGAGAUUCACAUAUGGUUUCUGUAUCACAAACUGAAAAGCUUGAUGAAGUAAACAAUAUUGAGGAUUCACCACAGCUUAGCUUAUCAAAACAAGAAGAACACGAAAGAUUGUCUCACACAAAAGUAACUGAAAAUCCUGUUUCGAUUGACAACAUGCCUUCUACCUCUCCUGCACAUACAAAAACUAUUGGUCCAAAAAUUAAACAGCUUCAGAAAAUCUUCACGCAGUCGGUUGAAACAGAAACUGACGAUGAAAUAUCAGAUAUUGAUAAUCAAAUUUGGGAGUUGAGCUAUGACGAAUCUCAUUCAAAAGGUGUUGUCGAUGUUACAGACGAAGAGACUGGAGAUCUUGAAGAUGAAGGUAAAGAUGAAGAGCCUUUACCCCAUAUACAUAAAGUAAUUGAAACAAUUGAAAAAAGAAUUGCCACUCAAUCUUCCAUAUCAAUAAAUAUUAAGCACGCCAAAGAUACUAAAGAAAAGAUAACAAAAGAGAAAGAACAAAUAUCGGUGGGAGAAAAAUUAAGUGAAGUAUUGAAAGCUGAAGAAAAUUUAAUACUUAUACUUGACAAAGCAAAAUCUUCAAAAUCAGAAGAUAAAAAUGUAGGCACAGUAAUAUCUGAACCGGAGGUAAAAGACGUGACAGUACUUGCCACAAAUUUACAAGAUCAACUUAAAGAAAUUUUGAAUAUGGGAGAGCGUGCGCUCUCAGGAAUAGAUGAUGCCUUGAAUGUAAUUGAUACCAGUUCAUCCGUCCACAUAUGUGAUAAUGAAACAACUGUUAGUAUAGAUAAUGAUGAUGUAGAUUUAAACACAGAACUUAGUAGUAGCAUACAGAAAGACAAUAUAAUAGCAAAAAACAAAGUGCCUGAAAUUGAAUCUGAUACAUGCUCAGUCAUUUUUCCAACAUCAGACCUUGUAAAACAAAAAUCAGAAAAACCCCUUAGGGAAGACAUUUUAUUAACUGAAGGGCAAUGUACAAAAACUAUCAUUGACAUAAAUGUGUCACCUCAACUGAAAUACGACGAAAAAAUCCCUAUUUUAACUAAAGAGUUGAAGGACAUUAUAGAUGAGCAAAAUGAAUAUGAAAAACAAAAAAUAGCCCGUUUAAAACAAUCUAAAGCAAUUGAGGGAAAAGGUAGUGUACCAGUAGUUGAAGAGACAAUAGUUCCUAAACGUGUUUUGUGGAAAGAUAGUGAUUAUGUUAUUACAUCGAAAGCCAAAGACUAUGACAAGGAAUUGCCUUGUCCAUCCAAACAAAAUGAAAUUACAAAUAUUAAAGAGUUCAAACUAGAUCAUUUACUUAAAUCAGACGAUACUCAUAAAUCUAAAUCCAAAGGCCAAUAUAAAACAGUAACUCCAACAGAAACAAAUGUAAAAGAGCUGAUGUUUGAAGUGAAAAAAAUUACUGGACAAAUUAAAGAAGAAGUUAAAGAGCUUAAACCAGAUUUGACACCUACUCCAGAAGGAAAAGAGACUAUCUUAGAAGAAGUAACACGAACAAUUAAAGAUUCUCCUGUUACUGCAGUUAAAGAAAAGGUUUUCACUGUGACGGAGGAUUGUAAAGGCAUCAAAGUAACAGAAGUAUUAGCAAAGGGAAUUAUAAUUAACGAGCAAGCUCAGGUUAUACAACUAGCUGAAGAUAAAGUUUCUCACACUGAGAUCACAGAAAAAGUAGUCAGUGUGUCAAACGAUAAAACUAAAGAUAAAACAGAAUUUGUUGAGGAGGAGACAUUUCCCUCAAAGUUUGUAUCUGUUUCUGAGACAGUUGUAUCCUCUGAUAUAACAACCUCAGACGCUACGUUUAUUAAAAGUAAAGACGUGUCAGUCUUACCAGAAUUAGAAGUUUGUAAAGAUGCUACCAAAUAUAAACUGGUAGAGAAAGCUAUAAUAAGGAAGGUUGAAUCUGAAAUUAUAGAACCAAUUGAUGGUAAGGUUUCUGGCAUCACUGCAGCAAAUACAGUAGUCAAUGUGUCAACGCUUCCCUCAGAAACGCAAAAGUUAGAAAUAGCCUUACAAAUAUCUGAAGUACAACAUGAUAAAUUAAUAACACAAGAGGAAGUGGUCACAGAACAAUUCUCUGAAGAAAAGGCUGAAAUCAUUUCUCCAGAAACACAAGAGGGAAAAGAAGAGGUUGUAGAAGAAACCAAAGACACUGCUUCCUUAGAGAGAAACAACUUAGACACGGUUAUUUCUAAAACUAUUGAGGAAUCUGACCAUACCACUACUGAUGUUCAUUUCCCUGAUGAACAUCUCACUGUAGAUAAGCUCAAAGGUCUAGAAACCCAAGGUGUCAAAACUACCGAAGAAAUGGUAAAAGAACAAUCGAAGGGCGACUUUGCCAUGGAGGAAAACGUUGACAAAAUAACUGAAUUGCUGGAACAAAUAGCCAAGGAUAAAGUAUCUGGAAUCAUUUUUUUUAAACCAAAAGAAACAGCAACACCCGUUUCUGUAGAAAUUGUUAAGGAAGAAAAACUAACACAUGUUAGGGACACAGAGGUAAUAAUUGUUCCUAAAGAAAACACCAGGGAUACAUUUUCUGAUAUAACUAUUAUUCAGACAGAAGAACCAACACCAAUUUCAGUAGAAAUUGCUAAAGGAGAAAUAACAACACAUGUUACAGACGGAGAGGAAAUUGUUUCUGUUGUUAAAACUGUAGAUACGGUUACUACUAAAGCUAUCAAGGAAUCUGACGAUACCACUACUGAUGUUUAUUUGCAACCAAAAAAACCAGUAGUUGUUGAAGAUAUCAAAUCUUCAAAAGACACAAAAGUUGUUUUGGAAGAAUCUAAUGACACCGUUUCUUUAGAGGAAGAGGUACUCGCCGAUACAGAAACACAUACAAAAGUUAUGGAGGCAGAUGAUACUCCAAAACUAAUUACAGAAGAAAAGUUUAUUUCUAAAGAUCUCCCUAUGGAUAAGCUUGAAGCUAUACAAACAGAAAGUGUCAAGAUUACAGAGGAAAUGGUAAAAGACCAAUCGAAGGACAGCGGUGCCUUGGAGGAGGAACAAGUUCACAACAUAAUUAAAUUGUUGGAACCGAUAGCCAGGGAUACAUUAUCUGAAAUAACUAUGAUUAAGACAGAAGAAACGACAACACCUAUUUCUGUAGAAAUUGUACAGGGAGAAAUAAAAACACUAGUUACAGAAACAGUGGAAAUCGUUUCUAAACAUAAGGUUGAAACUAGUACUCCAGACACAGAAGAGAAGAAAAAAGCUACAACAGUUUAUGAUGUUGAUGGUUCUUCUAUUGUUAAAACUGUAGAUACGGUUACUACUAAAGUUCUUGAGGAAUCUGAAGAUACCUCUACUGAUGUUCAUUUGGAAACAAAAGAGCCAUUAGCUGUUAAAGAUAUAAAAUCUACUAAAGACACCAAAUCUGUCGAAGAAGCUAAAGACACUAAAUCUUUAGAGGAAGAAGUACUCUCUGAUACAGAAACACCUACAAAAGUAAUUCAGGGGGAUGACGCUCCAAAACAAAUUACAAAAGAGGAUAUUAUUUCUAAACAUCUCCCCAUAGAUAAGCUCGAAUCUCUAGAAAUUGUAGGUUUCAAAACUACCGAAGAAAUAGUAAAAGACCAAUCGGAGGAAGGGGUUGCAUUGGAGGAGGAACACGUUCACGACAUGACUAAAUUGUUGGAACCGAUAGCCAGGGAUACAGUAUCUGAAAUAACUAUAAUUAAGACAGAAGAAACGACAACACCUAUUUCUGUAGAAAUUGUAAAAGAUGAAAUAACACUACAUGUUACAGGCACAGAGGAAAUCGUUUCAGAACAUGAGGCUAAAACUAUUACCCUAGUUGAUGACACUUCUAUUGUUAAAACUGUAGAUACAGUUACUACUGAAGUUAUUGAGGAAUCUGAAUAUACCUCUACUGAUGUUCAUUUGGAAACAAAAGAGCCAGUAACUGUUGAAGAUAUUGAAUAUACUGAAGACACCAAAUCUGUUGAAGAAGCUAAAGACACUGAUUCAUUAGAGGAAGAGGUAGUGGCUGAUACAGAAUCACCUAGAAAAGUAAUUGAGGCAGAUGAUGCUCCAAAACAAAUUACAGAAGAGGAUAUUAUUUCUAAACAUCUUCCCAUAGAUAAGCUCGAAUCUCUAGAAAUUGUAGGUCUAAAAACUACCGAAGAAAUAGUAAAAGACCAAUCGAAGGACGGGGUUGCAUUGGAAGAGAAACACGUUCACGAAAUGACUGACUUGUUGGAACCGAUAGCCAGGGAUACAGUAUCUGAAAUAACUAUGAUUAAGACAGAAAAAACGACAACACCUAUUUCUGUAGAAAUUGUAAAAGAUGAGAUAACAACACAUGUUACGGACACAGUGAAAAUCGUUUCUGAACAUGAGGCUAAAACUAUUACUCCAGUUGAUGACUCUUCUAUUGUUAAAACUGUAGAUAACGUUACUACUAAAGUUAUUGAGGAAUCUGAAGAUACCUCUACUGAUGAUCAUUUGAAAACAAAAGAGCCAGUAUCUAUUGAAGAUAUUAAAUCUACUAAAGACACAAAAACUGUCGAAGAAGCUAAAGACACUGAUUCUGUAGAGGAAGAGGUACUCGCUGAUACAGAAACACCUACAAAGAAAAUUGAGGCGGAUGAUGCUCCAAAACAUAUUAUAGAAGAGGAUAUUAUUUCUAAACAACUCCCAAUAGAUAAGCUCGAAUCUCUUUACAAUGUAGGUUUCAAAACUACCGAAGAAAUGGUAAAAGACCAAUCGAAGGACGGGGUUGCAUUGGAGGAGGAACACGCUCACGACAAGACUGAAUUGUUAGAGCCGAUAGCUAGGGAUACCGUGUCUGAAAUAACUAUAAUUAAGACAGAAAAAACGACAAAACCUAUUUCAGUAGAAAUUGUACAGGAAGAAAUAACCACACAUGUUUCAGACACAGUAGAAAUUGUUUCUGAACAUAAGGCUAAAACUAUUACUCCAAUUGAUGUCUCUUCAAUUGUUAAAACCGUAGAUACAGUUACUACUAAAGUUAUUGAGGAAUCUGAAGAUACAUCUACUGAUGUUCAUUUGGAAACAAAAGAGCCAGUAGCUGUUGAAGAUAUUAAAUCUACUAAAGAUACCAAAUCUUUCGAAGAAGCUAAAGACACUGAUUCUUUAGAGGAAGAUGUACUCACUGAUUCAGAAACAACUACAAAAGUAAUUCAGGCGGAUGAUGCUCCAAAACAAAUUACAGAAGAAACGACAAAACCUAUUUCUGUAGAAAUUGUAAAAGAUGAAAUAACACUACAUGUUACAGACAUGGUGGAAAUCGUUUCUGAACAUGAGGCUGAAACUAUUACUCCAGUUCAUGACACUUCUAUUGUUAAAACUGUAGAUAAGGUUACUACUAAAGUUAUUGAGGAAUCUGAAGAUACCUCUACUGAUGAUCAUUUGAAAACAAAAGAGCCAAUAUCUAUUGAAGAUAUUAAAUCUACUGAAGACACAAAAACUGUCGAAGUAGCUAAAGACACUGAUUCUUUAGAGGAAGAAGUACUUGCUGAUACAGAAACACCUACAAAGAAAAUUGAGGCGGAUGAUGCUCCAAAACAUAUUACAGAAGAGGAUAUUUUGUCUAAACAACUCCCAAUAGAUAAGCUCGAAUCUCUUGACAUUGUAGGUUUCAAAACUACCGAAGAAAUGGUAAAAGACCAAUCGAAGGACGGGGUUGUAUUGGAGGAGGAACACGCUCACGACAUGACUGAAUUGUUAGAGCCGAUAGCUAGGGAUACCGUGUCUGAAAUAACUAUAAUUAAGACAGAAGAAACGACAACACCUAUUUCUGUAGAAAUUGUACAGGAAGAAAUAAUAACACAUGUUUCAGGCACAGUAGAAAUUGUUUCUGAACAUAAGGCUAAAACUAUUACUCCAAUUGAUGUCUCUUCAAUUGUUAAAACCGUAGAUACGGUUACUACUAAAGUUAUUGAGGAAUCUGAAGAUACUGAUGUUCAUUUAAAAACAAAAGAGCCAGUAGCUGUUGAAGAUAUUAAAUCUACUAAAGAUACCAAAUCUUUCGAAGAAGCUAAAGACACUGAUUCUUUAGAGGAAGAUGUACUCACUGAUUCAGAAACAACUACAAAAGUAAUUCAGGCGGAUGAUGCUCCAAAACAAAUUACAAAGGAGGAUAUUACUUCUAAACAUCUCCCCAUAGAUAAGCUCGAAUCUCUAGAAAUUGUAGUUUUCAAAACUACCGAAGAAAUGGUAAAAGACCAAUUGAAGGACGGGGUUGCAUUGGAGGAGGAAGACGUUCACGACAUGACUGAAUUGUUGGAACCGAUAGCUAGGGAUACAGUAUCUGAAAUAACUAUGACUAAGACAGAAAAAACGACAACACCUAUUUCUGUAGAAAUUGUAAAAGAUGAAAUAACACUACAUGUUACAGACAUGAAGGAAAUCGUUUCUGAACAUGAGGCUAAAACUAUUACUCCAGUUAAUGACACUUCUAUUGUUAAAACUGUUGAUACGGUUACUACUAAAGUUAUUGAGGAAUCUGAAUAUACCUUUACUGAUGUUCAUUUGGAAACAAAAGAGCCAGUAGCUGUUGAAGAUAUUGAAUCUACUGAAGACACCAAAUCUGUUGAAGAAGCUAAAGACACUGAUUCUUUAGAGGAAGAGGUACUGUCUGAUACAGAAUCACCUACAAAAGUAAUUCAGGCGGAUGAUGCUCCAAAACAAAUUACAGAAGAGGAUAUUAUUUCUAAACAUCUUCCCAUAGAUAAGCUCGAAUCUCUAGAAAUUGUAGGUCUAAAAACUACCGAAGAAAUAGUAAAAGACCAAUCAAAGGAAAGGGUUGCAUUGGAAGAGAAACACGUUCACGACAUGACUGACUUGUUGGAACCGAUAGCCAGGGAUACAGUAUCUGAAAUAACUAUGAUUAAGACAGAAAAAAUGACAACACCUAUUUCUGUAGAAAUUGUAAAAGAUGAGAUAACAACACAUGUUACGGACACAGUGAAAAUCGUUUCUGAACAUGAGGCUAAAACUAUUACUCCAGUUGAUGACUCUUCUAUUGUUAAAACUGUAGAUAAGGUUACUACUAAAGUUAUUGAGGAAUCUGAAGAUACCUCUACUGAUGAUCAUUUGAAAACAAAAGAGCCAGUAUCUAUUGAAGAUAUUAAAUCUACUAAAGACACAAAAACUGUCGAAGAAGCUAAAGACACUGAUUAUUUAGAGAAAAAGGUACUCACUGAUACAGAAACACCUACAAAGAAAAUUGAGGCGGAUGAUGCUCCAAAACAUAUUACAGUGGAGGAUAUUAUUUCUAAACAACUCCCAAUAGAUAAGCUCGAAUCUCUUGACAUUGUAGGUUUCAAAACUACCGAAGAAAUGGUACAAGACCAAUCGAAGGACAGGGUUGUAUUGGAGGAGAAACACACUCACGACAAGACUGAAUUGUUAGAGCCAAUAGCUAUUGAUACCGUGUCUGAAAUAACUAUAAUUAAGACAGAAAAAACGACAAAACCUAUUUCAGUAGAAAUUGUACAGGAAGAAAUAACCACACAUGUUUCAGACACAGUAGAAAUUGUUUCUGAACAUAAGGCUAAAACUAUUACUCCAAUUGAUGUCUCUUCAAUUGUUAAAACCGUAGAUACAGUUACUACUAAAGUUAUUGAGGAAUUUGAAGAUACAUCUACUGAUGUUCAUUUGGAAACAAAAGAGCCAGUAGCUGUUGAAGAUAUUAAAUCUACUAAAAAUACCAAAUCUUUCGAAGAAGCUAAAGACACUGAUUCUUUAGAGGAAGAUGUACUUACUGAUUCAGAAACAACUACAAAAGUAAUUCAGGCGGAUGAUGCUCCAAAACAAAUUACAGAAGAAACGACAAAACCUAUUUCUGUAGAAAUUUUAAAAGAUGAAAUAACACUACAUGUUACAGACAUGGUGGAAAUCGUUUCUGAACAUGAGGCUGAAACUAUUACUCCAGUUGAUGACACUUCUAUUGUUAAAACUGUAGAUACGGUUACAACUAAAGUUAUUGAGGAAUCUGAAGAUACCUCUACUGAUGAUCAUUUGAAAACAAAAGAGCCAAUAUCUAUUGAAGAUAUUAAAUCUACUGAAGACACAAAAACUGUCGAAGAAGCUAAAGACACUGAUUCUUUAGAGGAAGAAGUACUCGCUGAUACAGAAACACCUACAAAGAAAAUUGAGGCGGAUGAUGCUCCAAAAAAUAUUACAGAAGAGGAUAUUUUGUCUAAACAACUCCCAAUAGAUAAGCUCGAAUCUCUUGACAUUGUAGGUUUCAAAACUACCGAAGAAAUGGUACAAGACCAAUCGAAGGACAGGGUUGUAUUGGAGGAGAAACACACUCACGACAAGACUGAAUUGUUAGAGCCAAUAGCUGGGGAUACAGUAUCUGAAAUAACUAUAAUUAAGACAGAAAAAACGACAAAACCUAUUUCAGUAGAAAUUGUACAGGAAGGAAUAACCACACAUGUUUCAGACACAGUAGAAAUUGUUUCUGAACAUAAGGCUAAAACUAUUACUCCAAUCGAUGUCUCUUCAAUUGUUAAAACUGUAGAUACAGUUACUACUAAAGUUAUUGAGGAAUUUGAAGAUACAUCUACUGAUGUUCAUUUGGAAACAAAAGAGCCAGUAGCUGUUGAAGAUAUUAAAUCUACUAAAGAUACCAAAUCUUUCGAAGAAGCUAAAGACACUGAUUCUUUAGAGGAAGAUGUACUUACUGAUUCAGAAACAACUACAAAAGUAAUUCAGGCGGAUGAUGCUCCAAAACAAAUUACAGAAGAAACGACAAAACCUAUUUCUGUAGAAAUUUUAAAAGAUGAAAUAACACUACAUGUUACAGACAUGGUGGAAAUCGUUUCUGAACAUGAGGCUGAAACUAUUACUCCAGUUGAUGACACUUCUAUUGUUAAAACUGUAGAUACGGUUACAACUAAAGUUAUUGAGGAAUUUGAAGAUACCUCUACUGAUGAUCAUUUGAAAACAAAAGAGCCAAUAUCUAUUGAAGAUAUUAAAUCUACUGAAGACACAAAAACUGUCGAAGAAGCUAAAGACACUGAUUCUUUAGAGGAAGAAGUACUCGCUGAUACAGAAACACCUACAAAGAAAAUUGAGGCGGAUGAUGCUCCAAAACAUAUUACAGAAGAGGAUAUUUUGUCUAAACAACUCCCAAUAGAUAAGCUCGAAUCUCUUGACAUUGUAGGUUUCAAAACUACCGAAGAAAUGGUAAAAGACCAAUCGAAGGACGGGGUUGUAUUGGAGGAGGAACACGCUCACGACAUGACUGAAUUGUUAGAGCCGAUAGCUAGGGAUACCGUGUCUGAAAUAACUAUAAUUAAGACAGAAGAAACGACAACACCUAUUUCUGUAGAAAUUGUACAGGAAGAAAUAACAACACAUGUUUCAGACACAGUAGAAAUUGUUUCUGAACAUAAGGCUAAAACUAUUACUCCAAUUGAUGUCUCUUUAAUUGUAAAAACCGUAUAUACGGUUACUACUAAAGUUAUUGAGGAAUCUGAAGAUACUGAUGUUCAUUUGGAAACAAAAGAGCCAGUAGCUGUUGAAGAUAUUAAAUCUACUAAAGAUACCAAAUCUUUCGAAGAAGCUAAAGACACUGAUUCUUUAGAGGAAGAUGUACUUACUGAUUCAGAAACAACUACAAAAGUAAUUCAGGCGGAUGAUGCUCCAAAACAAAUUACAGAAGAAACGACAAAACCUAUUUCUGUAGAAAUUUUAAAAGAUGAAAUAACACUACAUGUUACAGACAUGGUGGAAAUCGUUUCUGAACAUGAGGCUGAAACUAUUACUCCAGUUGAUGACACUUCUAUUGUUAAAACUGUAGAUACGGUUACAACUAAAGUUAUUGAGGAAUCUGAAGAUACCUCUACUGAUGAUCAUUUGAAAACAAAAGAGCCAAUAUCUAUUGAAGAUAUUAAAUCUACUGAAGACACAAAAACUGUCGAAGAAGCUAAAGACACUGAUUCUUUAGAGGAAGAAGUACUCGCUGAUACAGAAACACCUACAAAGAAAAUUGAGGCGGAUGAUGCUCCAAAACAUAUUACAGAAGAGGAUAUUUUGUCUAAACAACUCCCAAUAGAUAAGCUCGAAUCUCUUGACAUUGUAGGUUUCAAAACUACCGAAGAAAUGGUAAAAGACCAAUCGAAGGACGGGGUUGUAUUGGAGGAGGAACACGCUCACGACAUGACUGAAUUGUUAGAGCCGAUAGCUAGGAAUACCGUGUCUGAAAUAACUAUAAUUAAGACAGAAGAUACGACAACACCUAUUUCUGUAGAAAUUGUAAAAGAUGAAAUAACAACACAUGUUUCAGACACAGUAGAAAUUGUUUCUGAACAUAAGGCUAAAACUAUUACUCCAAUUGAUGUCUCUUCAAUUGUUAAAACCGUAGAUACGGUUACUACUAAAGUUAUUGAGGAAUCUGAAGAUACUGAUGUUCAUUUGGAAACAAAAGAGCCAGUAGCUGUUGAAGAUAUUAAAUCUACUAAAGAUACCAAAUCUUUCGAAGAACCUAAAGACACUGAUUCUUUAGAGGAAGAUGUACUCACUGAUUCAGAAAUAACUACAAAAGUAAUUCAGGCGGAUGAUGCUCCAAAACAAAUUACAAAGAAGGAUAUUACUUCUAAACAUCUCCCCAUAGAAAAGCUCGAAUCUCUAGAAAUUGUAGGUUUCAAAACUACCGAAGAAAUGGUAAAAGACCAAUUGAAGGACGGGGUUGCAUUGGAGGAGGAAGACGUUCACGAAAUGACUGAAUUGUUGGAACCGAUAGCUAGGGAUACAGUAUCUGAAAUAACUAUGACUAAGACAGAAAAAACGACAACACCUAUUUCUGUAGAAAUUGUAAAAGAUGAAAUAACACUACAUGUUACAGACAUGGUGGAAAUCGUUUCUGAACAUGAGGCUAAAACUAUUACUCCAGUUAAUGACACUUCUAUUGUUAAAACUGUUGAUACGGUUACUACUAAAGUUAUUGAGGAAUCUGAAUAUACCUUUACUGAUGUUCAUUUGGAAACAAAAGAGCCAGUAGCUGUUGAAGAUAUUGAAUCUACUGAAGACACCAAAUCUGUUGAAGAAGCUAAAGACACUGAUUCUUUAGAGGAAGAGGUACUGUCUGAUACAGAAUCACCUACAAAAGUAAUUCAGGCGGAUGAUGCUCCAAAACAAAUUACAGAAGAGGAUAUUUUUUCUAAACAUCUUCCCAUAGAUAAGCUCGAAUCUCUAGAAAUCGUAGGUCUAAAAACUACCGAAGAAAUAGUAAAAGACCAAUCAAAGGAAAGGGUUGCAUUGGAAGAGAAACACGUUCACGACAUGACUGACUUGUUCAAACCGAUAGCCAGGGAUACACUAUCUGAAAUAACUAUGAUUAAGACAGAAAAAACGACAACACCUAUUUCUGUAGAAAUUGUAAAAGAUGAGAUAACAACACAUGUUACGGACACAGUGAAAAUCGUUUCUGAACAUGAGGCUAAAACUAUUACUCCAGUUGAUGACUCUUCUAUUGUUAAAACUGUAGAUAAGGUUACUACUAAAGUUAUUGAGGAAUCUGAAGAUACCUCUACUGAUGAUCAUUUGAAAACAAAAGAGCCAGUAUCUAUUGAAGAUAUUAAAUCUACUAAAGACACAAAAACUGUCGAAGAAGCUAAAGACACUGAUUAUUUAGAGAAAAAGGUACUCACUGAUACAGAAACACCUACGAAGAAAAUUGAGGCGGAUGAUGCUCCAAAACAUAUUACAGUAGAGGAUAUUAUUUCUAAACAACUCCCAAUAGAUAAGCUCGAAUCUCUUGACAUUGUAGGUUUCAAAACUACCGAAGAAAUGGUACAAGACCAAUCGAAGGACGGGGUUGUAUUGGAGGAGGAACACGCUCACGACAUGACUGAAUUGUUAGAGCCGAUAGCUAGAGAUACCGUGUCUGAAAUAACUAUAAUUAAGACAGAAGAAACGACAACACCUAUUUCUGUAGAAAUUGUACAGGAAGAAAUAACAACACAUGUUUCAGACACAGUAGAAAUUGUUUCUGAACAUAAGGCUAAAACUAUUACUCCAAUUGAUGUCUCUUCAAUUGUUAAAACCGUAGAUACGGUUACUACUAAAGUUAUUGAGGAAUCUGAAGAUACUGAUGUUCAUUUGGAAACAAAAGAGCCAGUAGCUGUUGAAGAUAUUAAAUCUACUAAAGAUACCAAAUCUUUCGAAGAAGCUAAAGACACUGAUUCUUUAGAGGAAGAUGUACUUACUGAUUCAGAAACAACUACGAAAGUAAUUCAGGCGGAUGAUGCUCCAAAACAAAUUACAGAAGAAACGACAAAACCUAUUUCUGUAGAAAUUGUAAAAGAUGAAAUAACACUACAUGAUACAGACAUGGUGGAAAUCGUUUCUGAACAUGAGGCUGAAACUAUUACUCCAGUUGAUGACACUUCUAUUGUUAAAACUGUAGAUACGGUUACAACUAAAGUUAUUGAGGAAUCUGAGGAUACCUCUACUGAUGAUCAUUUGAAAACAAAAGAGCCAAUAUCUAUUGAAGAUAUUAAAUCUACUGAAGACACAAAAACUGUCGAAGAAGCUAAAGACACUGAUUCUUUAGAGGAAGAAGUACUCGCUGAUACAGAAACACCUACAAAGAAAAUUGAGGCGGAUGAUGCUCCAAAACAUAUUACAGAAGAGGAUAUUUUGUCUAAACAACUCCCAAUAGAUAAGCUCGAAUCUCUUGACAUUGUAGGUUUCAAAACUACCGAAGAAAUGGUAAAAGACCAAUCGAAGGACGGGGUUGUAUUGGAGGAGGAACACGCUCACGACAUGACUGAAUUGUUAGAGCCGAUAGCUAGGGAUACCGUGUCUGAAAUAACUAUAAUUAAGACAGAAGAAACGACAACACCUAUUUCUGUAGAAAUUGUAAAAGAUGAAAUAACAACACAUGUUUCAGACACAGUAGAAAUUGUUUCUGAACAUAAGGCUAAAACUAUUACUCCAAUUGAUGUCUCUUCAAUUGUUAAAACCGUAGAUACGGUUACUACUAAAGUUAUUGAGGAAUCUGAAGAUACUGAUGUUCAUUUGGAAACAAAAGAGCCAGUAGCUGUUGAAGAUAUUAAAUCUACUAAAGAUACCAAAUCUUUCGAAGAAGCUAAAGACACUGAUUCUUUAGAGGAAGAUGUACUCACUGAUUCAGAAACAACUACAAAAGUAAUUCAGGCGGAUGAUGCUCCAAAACAAAUUACAAAGAAGGAUAUUACUUCUAAACAUCUCCCCAUAGAAAAGCUCGAAUCUCUAGAAAUUGUAGGUUUCAAAACUACCGAAGAAAUGGUAAAAGACCAAUUGAAGGACGGGGUUGCAUUGGAGGAGGAAGACGUUCACGACAUGACUGAAUUGUUGGAACCGAUAGCUAGGGAUACAGUAUCUGAAAUAACUAUGACUAAGACAGAAAAAACGACAACACCUAUUUCUGUAGAAAUUGUAAAAGAUGAAAUAACACUACAUGUUACAGACAUGGUGGAAAUCGUUUCUGAACAUGAGGCUAAAACUAUUACUCCAGUUAAUGACACUUCCAUUGUUAAAACUGUUGAUACGGUUACUACUAAAGUUAUUGAGGAAUCUGAAUAUACCUUUACUGAUGUUCAUUUGGAAACAAAAGAGCCAGUAGCUGUUGAAGAUAUUGAAUCUGCUGAAGACACCAAAUCUGUUGAAGAAGCUAAAGACACUGAUUCUUUAGAGGAAGAGGUACUGUCUGAUACAGAAUCACCUACAAAAGUAAUUCAGGCGGAUGAUGCUCCAAAACAAAUUACAGAAGAGGAUAUUAUUUCUAAACAUCUUCCCAUAGAUAAGCUCGAAUCUCUAGAAAUUGUAGGUCUAAAAACUACCGAAGAAAUAGUAAAAGACCAAUCAAAGGAAAGGGUUGCAUUGGAAGAGAAACACGUUCACGACAUGACUGACUUGUUCAAACCGAUAGCCAGGGAUACACUAUCUGAAAUAACUAUGAUUAAGACAGAAAAAACGACAACACCUAUUUCUGUAGAAAUUGUAAAAGAUGAGAUAACAACACAUGUUACGGACACAGUGAAAAUCGUUUCUGAACAUGAGGCUAAAACUAUUACUCCAGUUGAUGACUCUUCUAUUGUUAAAACUGUAGAUAAGGUUACUACUAAAGUUAUUGAGGAAUCUGAAGAUACCUCUACUGAUGAUCAUUUGAAAACAAAAGAGCCAGUAUCUAUUGAAGAUAUUAAAUCUACUAAAGACACAAAAACUGUCGAAGAAGCUAAAGACACUGAUUAUUUAGAGAAAAAGGUACUCACUGAUACAGAAACACCUACGAAGAAAAUUGAGGCGGAUGAUGCUCCAAAACAUAUUACAGUAGAGGAUAUUAUUUCUAAACAACUCCCAAUAGAUAAGCUCGAAUCUCUUGACAUUGUAGGUUUCAAAACUACCGAAGAAAUGGUACAAGACCAAUCGAAGGACGGGGUUGUAUUGGAGGAGGAACACGCUCACGACAUGACUGAAUUGUUAGAGCCGAUAGCUAGAGAUACCGUGUCUGAAAUAACUAUAAUUAAGACAGAAGAAACGACAACACCUAUUUCUGUAGAAAUUGUACAGGAAGAAAUAACAACACAUGUUUCAGACACAGUAGAAAUUGUUUCUGAACAUAAGGCUAAAACUAUUACUCCAAUUGAUGUCUCUUCAAUUGUUAAAACCGUAGAUACGGUUACUACUAAAGUUAUUGAGGAAUCUGAAGAUACUGAUGUUCAUUUGGAAACAAAAGAGCCAGUAGCUGUUGAAGAUAUUAAAUCUACUAAAGAUACCAAAUCUUUCGAAGAAGCUAAAGACACUGAUUCUUUAGAGGAAGAUGUACUUACUGAUUCAGAAACAACUACGAAAGUAAUUCAGGCGGAUGAUGCUCCAAAACAAAUUACAGAAGAAACGACAAAACCUAUUUCUGUAGAAAUUGUAAAAGAUGAAAUAACACUACAUGAUACAGACAUGGUGGAAAUCGUUUCUGAACAUGAGGCUGAAACUAUUACUCCAGUUGAUGACACUUCUAUUGUUAAAACUGUAGAUAUGGUUACAACUAAAGUUAUUGAGGAAUCUGAGGAUACCUCUACUGAUGAUCAUUUGAAAACAAAAGAGUCAAUAUCUAUUGAAGAUAUUAAAUCUACUGAAGACACAAAAACUGUCGAAGAAGCUAAAGACACUGAUUCUUUAGAGGAAGAAGUACUCGCUGAUACAGAAACACCUACAAAGAAAAUUGAUGCGGAUGAUGCUCCAAAACAUAUUACAGAAGAGGAUAUUUUGUCUAAACAACUCCCAAUAGAUAAGCUCGAAUCUCUUGACAUUGUAGGUUUCAAAACUACCGAAGAAAUGGUAAAAGACCAAUCGAAGGACGGGGUUGUAUUGGAGGAGGAACACGCUCACGACAUGACUGAAUUGUUAGAGCCGAUAGCUAGGGAUACCGUGUCUGAAAUAACUAUAAUUAAGACAGAAGAAACGACAACACCUAUUUCUGUAGAAAUUGUACAGGAAGAAAUAACAACACAUGUUUCAGACACAGUAGAAAUUGUUUCUGAACAUAAGGCUAAAACUAUUACUCCAAUUGAUGUCUCUUCAAUUGUUAAAACCGUAGAUACGGUUACUACCAAAGUUAUUGAGGAAUCUGAAGAUACUGAUGUUCAUUUGGAAACAAAAGAGCCAGUAGCUGUUGAAGAUAUUAAAUCUACUAAAGAUACCAAAUCUUUCGAAGAAGCUAAAGACACUGAUUCUUUAGAGGAAGAUGUACUCACUGAUUCAGAAACAACUACAAAAGUAAUUCAGGCGGAUGAUGCUCCAAAACAAAUUACAAAUGAGGAUAUUACUUCUAAACAUCUCCCCAUAGAUAAGCUCGAAUCUCUAGAAAUUGUAGUUUUCAAAACUACCGAAGAAAUGGUAAAAGACCAAUUGAAGGACGGGGUUGCAUUGGAGGAGGAAGACGUUCACGACAUGACUGAAUUGUUGGAACCGAUAGCUGGGGAUACAGUAUCUGAAAUAACUAUGACUAAGACAGAAGAAACGACAACACCUAUUUCCGUAGAAAUUUUAAAAGAUGAAAUAACACUACAUGUUACAGACAUGGUGGAAAUCGUUUCUGAACAUGAGGCUAAAACUAUUACUCCAGUUAAUGACACUUCUAUUGUUAAAACUGUUGAUACGGUUACUACUAAAGUUAUUGAGGAAUCUGAAGAUACUGAUGUUCAUUUGGAAACAAAAGAGCCAGUAGCUGUUGAAGAUAAUGAAUCUACUGAAGACACCAAAUCUGUUGAAGAAGCUAAAGACACUGAUUCUUUAGAGGAAGAGGUACUGUCUGAUACAGAAUCACGUACAAAAGUAAUUCAGGCGGAUGAUGCUCCAAAACAUAUUACAGUAGAGGAUAUUAUUUCUAAACAACUCCCAAUAGAUAAGCUCGAAUCUCUUGACAUUGUAGGUUUCAAAACUACCGAAGAAAUGGUAAAAGACCAAUCGAAGGACAGGGUUGCAUUGGAGGAGGAACACGCUCACGACAAGACUGAAUUGUUAGAGCCGAUAGCUAGGGAUACCGUGUCUGAAAUAACUAUACUUAAGACAGAAAAAACGACAAAACCUAUUUCAGUAGAAAUUGUACAGGAAGAAAUAACCACACAUGUUUCAGACACAGUAGAAAUUGUUUCUGAACAUAAGGCUAAAACUAUUACUCCAAUAGAUGUCUCUUCAAUUGUUAAAACCGUAGAUACAGUUACUACUAAAGUUAUUGAGGAAUCUGAAGAUACAUCUACUGAUGUUCAUUUGGAAACAAAAGAGCCAGUAGCUGUUGAAGAUAUUAAAUCUACUAAAGAUACCAAAUCUUUCGAAGAAGCUAAAGACACUGAUUCUUUAGAGGAAGAUGUACUCACUGAUUCAGAAACAACUACAAAAGUAAUUCAGGCGGAUGAUGCUCCAAAACAAAUUACAGAAGAAACGACAAAACCUAUUUCUGUAGAAAUUGUAAAAGAUGAAAUAACACUACAUGUUACAGACAUGGUGGAAAUCGUUUCUGAACAUGAGGCUGAAACUAUUACUCCAGUUGAUGACACUUCUAUUGUUAAAACUGUAGAUACGGUUACUACUAAAUUUAUUGAGGAAUCUGAAGAUACCUCUACUGAUGAUCAUUUGAAAACAAAAGAGCCAAUAUCUAUUGAAGAUAUUAAAUCUACUGAAGACACAAAAACUGUCGAAGAAGCUAAAGACACUGAUUAUUUAGAGGAAGAGGUACUCGCUGAUACAGAAACACCUACAAAGAAAAUUGAGGUGGAUGAUGCUCCAAAACAUAUUACAGAAGAGGAUAUUAUUUCUAAACAACUCCCAAUAGAUAACCUCGAAUCUCUUGAUAUUGUAGGUUUCAAAACUACCGAAGAAAUGGUAAAAGACCAAUCGAAGGACGGGGUUGUAUUGGAGGAGGAACACGCUCACGACAUGACUGAAUUGUUAGAGCCGAUAGCUAGGGAUACCGUGUCUGAAAUAACUAUAAUUAAGACAGAAGAAACGACAAAACCUAUUUCUGUAGAAAUUGUAAAAGAUGAAAUAACACUACAUGUUACAGACACAGUGGAAAUCGUUUCUGAACAUGAGGCUAAAACUAUUACUCCAGUUGAUGACACUUCUAUUGUUAAAACUGUAGAUACAGUUACUACUGAAGUUAUUGAGGAAUCUGAAUAUACCUCUACUGAUGUUCAUUUGGAAACAAAAGAGCCAGUAACUGUUAAAGAUAUUGAAUCUACUAAAGACUCAAAAUCUGUUGAAGAAGCUAAAGACACUGAUUCUUUAGAGGAAGAGGUACUGGCUGAUACAGAAUCACCUAGAAAAGUAAUUGAGGCGGAUGAUGCUCCAAAACAAAUUACAGAAGAGGAUAUUAUUUCUAAACAUCUUCCCAUAGAUAAGCUCGAAUCUCUAGAAAUUGUAGGUCUAAAAACUACCGAAGAAAUAGUAAAAGACCAAUCGAAGGACGGGGUUGCAUUGGAAGAGAAACACGUUCACGACAUGACUGACUUGUUGGAACCGAUAGCCAGGGAUACAGUAUCUGAAAUAACUAUGAUUAAGACGGAAGAAACGACAACACCUAUUUCUGUAGAAAUUGGAAAAGAUGACAUAAAAACACAUGUUACAGACACAGUGAAAAUCGUUUCUGAACAUGAGGCUAAAACUAUUACUCCAUUUGAUGACUCUUCUAUUGUUAAAACUGUAGAUAAGGUUACUACUAAAGUUAUUGAGGAAUCUGAAGAUACCUCUACUGAUGAUCAUUUGAAAACAAAAGAGCCAGUAUCUAUUGAUGAUAUUAUAUCUACUAAAGACACAAAAACUGUCGAAGAAGCUAAAGACACUGAUUCUUUAGAGGAAGAGGUACUGUCUGAUACAGAAUCACGUACAAAAGUAAUUCAGGCGGAUGAUGCUCCAAAACAAAUUACAGAAGAGGAUAUUAUUUCUAAACAUCUUCCCAUAGAUAAGCUCGAAUCUCUAGAAAUUGUAGGUCUAAAAACUACCGAAGAAAUAGUAAAAGACCAAUCGAAGGAAAGGGUUGCAUUGGAAGAGAAACACGUUCACGACAUGACUGACUUGUUGGAACCGAUAGCCAGGGAUAAAGUAUCUGAAAUAACUAUGAUUAAGCCAGAAAAAACGACAACACCUAUUUCUGUUGAAAUUGUAAAAGAUGAGAUAACAACACAUGUUACGGACACAGUGAAAAUCGUUUCUGAACAUGAGGCUAAAACUAUUAUUCCAGUUGAUGACUCUUCUAUUGUUAAAACCGUAGAUACGGUUACUACUAAAGUUAUUGAGGAAUCUGAAGAUACUUAUGUUCAUUUGGAAACAAAAGAGCCAGUAGCUGUUGAAGAUAUUAAAUCUACUAAAGAUACCAAAUCUUUCGAAGAAGCUAAAGACACUGAUUCUUUAGAGGAAGAUGUACUCACUGAUUCAGAAAUAACUACAAAAGUAAUUCAGGCGGAUGAUGCUCCAAAACAAAUUACAAAGGAGGAUAUUACUUCUAAACAUCUCCCCAUAGAUAAGCUCGAAUCUCUAGAAAUUGUAGGUUUCAAAACUACCGAAGAAAUGGUAAAAGACCAAUUGAAGGACGGGGUUGCAUUGGAGGAGGAAGACGUUCACGACAUGACUGAAUUGUUGGAACCGAUAGCUAGGGAUACAGUAUCUGAAAUAACUAUACUUAAGACAGAAAAAACGACAAAACCUAUUUCAGUAGAAAUUGUACAGGAAGAAAUAACCACACAUGUUUCAGACACAGUAGAAAUUGUUUCUGAACAUAAGGCUAAAACUAUUACUCCAAUUGAUGUCUCUUCAAUUGUUAAAACCGUAGAUACAGUUACUACUAAAGUUAUUGAGGAAUCUGAAGAUACAUCUACUGAUGUUCAUUUGGAAACAAAAGAGCCAGUAGCUGUUGAAGAUAUUAAAUCUACUAAAGAUACCAAAUCUUUCGAAGAAGCUAAAGACACUGAUUCUUUAGAGGAAGAUGUACUCACUGAUUCAGAAACAACUACAAAAGUAAUUCAGGCGGAUGAUGCUCCAAAACAAAUUACAAAUGAGGAUAUUACUUCUAAACAUCUCCCCAUAGAUAAGCUCGAAUCUCUAGAAAUUGUAGUUUUCAAAACUACCGAAGAAAUGGUAAAAGACCAAUUGAAGGACGGGGUUGCAUUGGAGGAGGAAGACGUUCACGACAUGACUGAAUUGUUGGAACCGAUAGCUGGGGAUACAGUAUCUGAAAUAACUAUGACUAAGACAGAAGAAACGACAACACCUAUUUCUGUAGAAAUUGGAAAAGAUGAAAUAACACUACAUGUUACAGACAUGGUGGAAAUCGUUUCUGAACAUGAGGCUAAAACUAUUACUCCAGUUAAUGACACUUCUAUUGUUAAAACUGUUGAUACGGUUACUACUAAAGUUAUUGAGGAAUCUGAAGAUACUGAUGUUCAUUUGGAAACAAAAGAGCCAGUAGCUGUUGAAGAUAAUGAAUCUACUGAAGACACCAAAUCUGUUGAAGAAGCUAAAGACACUGAUUCUUUAGAGGAAGAGGUACUGUCUGAUACAGAAUCACGUUUCAAAACUACCGAAGAAAUGGUAAAAGACCAAUCGAAGGACAGGGUUGCAUUGGAGGAGGAACACGCUCACGACAAGACUGAAUUGUUAGAGCCGAUAGCUAGGGAUACCGUGUCUGAAAUAACUAUACUUAAGACAGAAAAAACGACAAAACCUAUUUCAGUAGAAAUUGUACAGGAAGAAAUAACCACACAUGUUUCAGACACAGUAGAAAUUGUUUCUGAACAUAAGGCUAAAACUAUUACUCCAAUAGAUGUCUCUUCAAUUGUUAAAACCGUAGAUACAGUUACUACUAAAGUUAUUGAGGAAUCUGAAGAUACAUCUACUGAUGUUCAUUUGGAAACAAAAGAGCCAGUAGCUGUUGAAGAUAUUAAAUCUACUAAAGAUACCAAAUCUUUCGAAGAAGCUAAAGACACUGAUUCUUUAGAGGAAGAUGUACUCACUGAUUCAGAAACAACUACAAAAGUAAUUCAGGCGGAUGAUGCUCCAAAACAAAUUACAGAAGAAACGACAAAACCUAUUUCUGUAGAAAUUGUAAAAGAUGAAAUAACACUACAUGUUACAGACAUGGUGGAAAUCGUUUCUGAACAUGAGGCUGAAACUAUUACUCCAGUUGAUGACACUUCUAUUGUUAAAACUGUAGAUACGGUUACUACUAAAUUUAUUGAGGAAUCUGAAGAUACCUCUACUGAUGAUCAUUUGAAAACAAAAGAGCCAAUAUCUAUUGAAGAUAUUAAAUCUACUGAAGACACAAAAACUGUCGAAGAAGCUAAAGACACUGAUUAUUUAGAGGAAGAGGUACUCGCUGAUACAGAAACACCUACAAAGAAAAUUGAGGUGGAUGAUGCUCCAAAACAUAUUACAGAAGAGGAUAUUAUUUCUAAACAACUCCCAAUAGAUAAGCUCGAAUCUCUUGAUAUUGUAGGUUUCAAAACUACCGAAGAAAUGGUAAAAGACCAAUCGAAGGACGGGGUUGUAUUGGAGGAGGAACACGCUCACGACAUGACUGAAUUGUUAGAGCCGAUAGCUAGGGAUACCGUGUCUGAAAUAACUAUAAUUAAGACAGAAGAAACGACAAAACCUAUUUCUGUAGAAAUUGUAAAAGAUGAAAUAACACUACAUGUUACAGACACAGUGGAAAUCGUUUCUGAACAUGAGGCUAAAACUAUUACUCCAGUUGAUGACACUUCUAUUGUUAAAACUGUAGAUACAGUUACUACUGAAGUUAUUGAGGAAUCUGAAUAUACCUCUACUGAUGUUCAUUUGGAAACAAAAGAGCCAGUAACUGUUAAUGAUAUUGAAUCUACUAAAGACUCAAAAUCUGUUGAAGAAGCUAAAGACACUGAUUCUUUAGAGGAAGAGGUACUGGCUGAUACAGAAUCACCUAGAAAAGUAAUUGAGGCGGAUGAUGCUCCAAAACAAAUUACAGAAGAGGAUAUUAUUUCUAAACAUCUUCCCAUAGAUAAGCUCGAAUCUCUAGAAAUUGUAGGUCUAAAAACUACCGAAGAAAUAGUAAAAGACCAAUCGAAGGACGGGGUUGCAUUGGAAGAGAAACACGUUCACAACAUGACUGACUUGUUGGAACCGAUAGCCAGGGAUACAGUAUCUGAAAAAACUAUGAUUAAGACGGAAGAAACGACAACACCUAUUUCUGUAGAAAUUGGAAAAGAUGACAUAAAAACACAUGUUACAGACACAGUGAAAAUCGUUUCUGAACAUGAGGCUAAAACUAUUACUCCAUUUGAUGACUCUUCUAUUGUUAAAACUGUAGAUAAGGUUACUACUAAAGUUAUUGAGGAAUCUGAAGAUACCUCUACUGAUGAUCAUUUGAAAACAAAAGAGCCAGUAUCUAUUGAUGAUAUUAUAUCUACUAAAGACACAAAAACUGUCGAAGAAGCUAAAGACACUGAUUCUUUAGAGGAAGAGGUACUGUCUGAUACAGAAUCACGUACAAAAGUAAUUCAGGCGGAUGAUGCUCCAAAACAAAUUACAGAAGAGGAUAUAAUUUCUAAACAUCUUCCCAUAGAUAAGCUCGAAUCUCUAGAAAUUGUAGGUCUAAAAACUACCGAAGAAAUAGUAAAAGACCAAUCGAAGGAAAGGGUUGCAUUGGAAGAGAAACACGUUCACGACAUGACUGACUUGUUGGAACCGAUAGCCAGGGAUACAGUAUCUGAAAUAACUAUGAUUAAGCCAGAAAAAACGACAACACCUAUUUCUGUUGAAAUUGUAAAAGAUGAGAUAACAACACAUGUUACGGACACAGUGAAAAUCGUUUCUGAACAUGAGGCUAAAACUAUUAUUCCAGUUGAUGACUCUUCUAUUGUUAAAACCGUAGAUACGGUUACUACUAAAGUUAUUGAGGAAUCUGAAGAUACUGAUGUUCAUUUGGAAACAAAAGAGCCAGUAGCUGUUGAAGAUAUUAAAUCUACUAAAGAUACCAAAUCUUUCGAAGAAGCUAAAGACACUGAUUCUUUAGAGGAAGAUGUACUCACUGAUUCAGAAACAACUACAAAAGUAAUUCAGGCGGAUGAUGCUCCAAAACAAAUUACAAAGGAGGAUAUUACUUCUAAACAUCUCCCCAUAGAUAAGCUCGAAUCUCUAGAAAUUGUAGGUUUCAAAACUACCGAAGAAAUGGUAAAAGACCAAUUGAAGGACGGGGUUGCAUUGGAGGAGGAAGACGUUCACGACAUGACUGAAUUGUUGGAACCGAUAGCUAGGGAUACAGUAUCUGAAAUAACUAUACUUAAGACAGAAAAAACGACAAAACCUAUUUCAGUAGAAAUUGUACAGGAAGAAAUAACCACACAUGUUUCAGACACAGUAGAAAUUGUUUCUGAACAUAAGGCUAAAACUAGUACUCCAAUUGAUGUCUCUUCAAUUGUUAAAACCGUAGAUACAGUUACUACUAAAGUUAUUGAGGAAUCUGAAGAUACAUCUACUGAUGUUCAUUUGGAAACAAAAGAGCCAGUAGCUGUUGAAGAUAUUAAAUCUACUAAAGAUACCAAAUCUUUCGAAGAAGCUAAAGACACUGAUUCUUUAGAGGAAGAUGUACUCACUGAUUCAGAAACAACUACAAAAGUAAUUCAGGCGGAUGAUGCUCCAAAACAAAUUACAGAAGAAACGACAAAACCUAUUUCUGUAGAAAUUGUAAAAGAUGAAAUAACACUACAUGUUACAGACAUGGUGGAAAUCGUUUCUGAACAUGAGGCUGAAACUAUUACUCCAGUUGAUGACACUUCUAUUGUUAAAACUGUAGAUACGGUUACUACUAAAUUUAUUGAGGAAUCUGAAGAUACCUCUACUGAUGAUCAUUUGAAAACAAAAGAGCCAAUAUCUAUUGAAGAUAUUAAAUCUACCGAAGACACAAAAACUGUCGAAGAAGCUAAAGACACUGAUUAUUUAGAGGAAGAGGUACUCGCUGAUACAGAAACACCUACAAAGAAAAUUGAGGUGGAUGAUGCUCCAAAACAUUUUACAGAAGAGGAUAUUAUUUCUAAACAACUCCCAAUAGAUAAGCUCGAAUCUCUUGAUAUUGUAGGUUUCAAAACUACCGAAGAAAUGGUAAAAGACCAAUCGAAGGACGGGGUUGUAUUGGAGGAGGAACACGCUCAGGACAUGACUGAAUUGUUAGAGCCGAUAGCUAGGGAUACCGUGUCUGAAAUAACUAUAAUUAAGACAGAAGAAACGACAAAACCUAUUUCUGUAGAAAUUGUAAAAGAUGAAAUAACACUACAUGUUACAGACACAGUGGAAAUCGUUUCUGAACAUGAGGCUAAAACUAUUACUCCAGUUGAUGACACUUCUAUUGUUAAAACUGUAGAUACAGUUACUACUGAAGUUAUUGAGGAAUCUGAAUAUACCUCUACUGAUGUUCAUUUGGAAACAAAAGAGCCAGUAACUGUUAAAGAUAUUGAAUCUACUAAAGACUCAAAAUCUGUUGAAGAAGCUAAAGACACUGAUUCUUUAGAGGAAGAGGUACUGGCUGAUACAGAAUCACCUAGAAAAGUAAUUGAGGCGGAUGAUGCUCCAAAACAAAUUACAGAAGAGGAUAUUAUUUCUAAACAUCUUCCCAUAGAUAAGCUCGAAUCUCUAGAAAUUGUAGGUCUAAAAACUACCGAAGAAAUAGUAAAAGACCAAUCGAAGGACGGGGUUGCAUUGGAAGAGAAACACGUUCACGACAUGACUGACUUGUUGGAACCGAUAGCCAGGGAUACAGUAUCUGAAAUAACUAUGAUUAAGACGGAAGAAACGACAACACCUAUUUCUGUAGAAAUUGGAAAAGAUGACAUAAAAACACAUGUUACAGACACAGUGAAAAUCGUUUCUGAACAUGAGGCUAAAACUAUUACUUUAUUUGAUGACUCUUCUAUUGUUAAAACUGUAGAUAAGGUUACUACUAAAGUUAUUGAGGAAUCUGAAGAUACCUCUACUGAUGAUCAUUUGAAAACAAAAGAGCCAGUAUCUAUUGAUGAUAUUAUAUCUACUAAAGACACAAAAACUGUCGAAGAAGCUAAAGACACUGAUUCUUUAGAGGAAGAGGUACUGUCUGAUACAGAAUCACGUACAAAAGUAAUUCAGGCGGAUGAUGCUCCAAAACAAAUUACAGAAGAUGAUAUUAUUUCUAAACAUCUUCCCAUAGAUAAGCUCGAAUCUCUAGAAAUUGUAGGUCUAAAAACUACCGAAGAAAUAGUAAAAGACCAAUCGAAGGAAAGGGUUGCAUUGGAAGAGAAACACGUUCACGACAUGACUGACUUGUUGGAACCGAUAGCCAGGGAUACAGUAUCUGAAAUAACUAUGAUUAAGACAGAAAAAACGACAACACCUAUUUCUGUUGAAAUUGUAAAAGAUGAGAUAACAACACAUGUUACGGACACAGUGAAAAUCGUUUCUGAACAUGAGGCUAAAACUAUUAUUCCAGUUGAUGACUCUUCUAUUGUUAAAACCGUAGAUACGGUUACUACUAAAGUUAUUGAGGAAUCUGAAGAUACUGAUGUUCAUUUGGAAACAAAAGAGCCAGUAGCUGUUGAAGAUAUUAAAUCUACUAAAGAUACCAAAUCUUUCGAAGAAGCUAAAGACACUGAUUCUUUAGAGGAAGAUGUACUCACUGAUUCAGAAACAACUACAAAAGUAAUUCAGGCGGAUGAUGCUCCAAAACAAAUUACAAAGGAGGAUAUUACUUCUAAACAUCUCCCCAUAGAUAAGCUCGAAUCUCUAGAAAUUGUAGGUUUCAAAACUACCGAAGAAAUGGUAAAAGACCAAUUGAAGGACGGGGUUGCAUUGGAGGAGGAAGACGUUCACGACAUGACUGAAUUGUUGGAACCGAUAGCUAGGGAUACAGUAUCUGAAAUAACUAUGACUAAGACAGAAAAAACGACAACACCUAUUUCUGUAGAAAUUGUAAAAGAUGAAAUAACACUACAUGUUACAGACAUGGUGGAAAUCGUUUCUGAACAUGAGGCUAAAACUAUUACUCCAGUUAAUGACACUUCUAUUGUUAAAACUGUUGAUACGGUUACUACUAAAGUUAUUGAGGAAUCUGAAUAUACCUUUACUGAUGUUCAUUUGGAAACAAAAGAGCCAGUAGCUGUUGAAGAUAAUGAAUCUACUGAAGACACCAAAUCUGUUGAAGAAGCUAAAGACACUGAUUCUUUAGAGGAAGAGGUACUGUCUGAUACAGAAUCACGUACAAAAGUAAUUCAGGCGGAUGAUGAUCCAAAACAUAUUAAAGUAGAGGAUAUUAUUUCUAAACAACUCCCAAUAGAUAAGCUUGAAUCUCUUGACAUUGUAGGUUUCAAAACUACCGAAGAAAUGGUAAAAGACCAAUCGAAGGACAGGGUUGCAUUAGAGGAGGAACACGCUCACGACAAGACUGAAUUGUUAGAGCCGAUAGCUAAGGAUACCGUGUCUGAAAUAACUAUACUUAAGACAGAAAAAACGACAAAACCUAUUUCAGUAGAAAUUGUACAGGAAGAAAUAACUACACAUGUUUCAGACACAGUAGAAAUUGUUUCUGAACAUAAGGCUAAAACUAUUACUCCAAUUGAUGUCUCUUCAAUUGUUAAAACCAUAGAUACAGUUGCUACUAAAGUUAUUGAGGAAUCUGAAGAAACAUCUACUGAUGUUCAUUUGGAAACAAAAGAGCCAGUAGCUGUUGAAGAUAUUAAAUCUACUAAAGAUACCAAAUCUUUCGAAGAAGCUAAAGACACUGAUUCUUUAGAGGAAGAUGUACUCACUGAUUCAGAAACAACUACAAAAGUAAUUCAGGCGGAUGAUGCUCCAAAACAAAUUACAGAAGAAACGACAAAACCUAUUUCUGUAGAAAUUGUAAAAGAUGAAAUAACACUACAUGUUACAGACAUGGUGGAAAUCGUUUCUGAACAUGAGGCUGAAACUAUUACUCCAGUUGAUGACACUUCUAUUGUUAAAACUGUAGAUACGGUUACUACUAAAUUUAUUGAGGAAUCUGAAGAUACCUCUACUGAUGAUCAUUUGAAAACAAAAGAGCCAAUAUCUAUUGAAGAUAUUAAAUCUACUGAAGACACAAAAAUUGUCGAAGAAGCUAAAGACACUGAUUAUUUAGAGGAAGAGGUACUCGCUGAUACAGAAACACCUACAAAGAAAAUUGAGGUGGAUGAUGCUCCAAAACAUAUUACAGAAGAGGAUAUUAUUUCUAAACAACUCCCAAUAGAUAAGCUCGAAUCUCUUGACAUUGUAGGUUUCAAAACUACCGAAGAAAUGGUAAAAGACCAAUCGAAGGACGGGGUUGUAUUGGAGGAGGAACACGCUCACGACAUGACUGAAUUGUUAGAGCCGAUAGCUAGGGAUACCGUGUCUGAAAUAACUAUAAUUAAGACAGAAGAAACGACAAAACCUAUUUCUGUAGAAAUUGUAAAAGAUGAAAUAACACUACAUGUUACAGACACAGUGGAAAUCGUUUCUGAACAUGAGGCUAAAACUAUUACUCCAGUUGAUGACACUUCUAUUGUUAAAACUGUAGAUACAGUUACUACUGAAGUUAUUGAGGAAUCUGAAUAUACCUCUACUGAUGUUCAUUUGGAAACAAAAGAGCCAGUAACUGUUAAAGAUAUUGAAUCUACUAAAGACUCAAAAUCUGUUGAAGAAGCUAAAGACACUGAUUCUUUAGAGGAAGAGGUACUGGCUGAUACAGAAUCACCUAGAAAAGUAAUUGAGGCGGAUGAUGCUCCAAAACAAAUUACAGAAGAGGAUAUUAUUUCUAAACAUCUUCCCAUAGAUAAGCUCGAAUCUCUAGAAAUUGUAGGUCUUAAAACUACUGAAGAAAUAGUAAAAGACCAAUCGAAGGACGGGGUUGCAUUGGAAGAGAAAAACAUUCACAACAUGACUGACUUGUUGGAACCGAUAGCCAGGGAUACAGUAUCUGAAAUAACUAUGAUUAAGACGGAAGAAACGACAACACCUAUUUCUGUAGAAAUUGGAAAAGAUGACAUAAAAACACAUGUUACAGACACAGUGAAAAUCGUUUCUGAACAUGAGGCUAAAACUAUUACUCCAUUUGAUGACUCUUCUAUUCUUAAAACUGUAGAUAAGGUUACUACUAAAGUUAUUGAGGAAUCUGAAGAUACCUCUACUGAUGAUCAUUUGACAACAAAAAAGCCAGUAUCUAUUGAUGAUAUUAUAUCUACUAAAGACACAAAAACUGUCGAAGAAGCUAAAGACACUGAUUAUUUAGAGGAAGAGGUACUCACUGAUACAGAAACACCUACAAAAGUAAUUCAGGCGGAUGAUGCUCCAAAACAAAUUACAGAAGAGGAUAUUAUUUCAAAAAAUCUUCCUAUAGAUAAGCUCGAUGCUCUAGAAAUUGUAGGUUUAAAAACUUCCGAAGGAAUGGUAAAAGACCAAUCGAAGGAUGGCGUUGCCUUGGAAGAAGAUCGCGUUCACGACAUGACUAAAUUGUUGGAACCAAAAGUCAGUGAUACAGUAUCUGAAAUAACUUUAAUUAAGACGGAAAAAACAGCAACAUCUGCUUCAGUAGAAAUUGUAGAGGGAGAAAUAACACCUCUUGUUACAGAAACAGUGGAAAUGGUUUCUAAUUAUAAGGAUGAAACUAGUACUCCAGACACAAAAGAGAAGAAAGAAGCUACACCAGUUUAUGACGUUGAUGACUCUUCUAUUGUUAAAACUGUAGAUACGGUUACAACUAAAGUUAUUGAGGAAUCUGAAGAUACCUCUACUGAUAAUCAUUUAAAAGCAAAAAAGCCAGUAUCUAUUGAAGAUAUUAAAUCUACUAAAGACACAAAAACUGUCAAAGAAGCUAAAGACACUGAUUCUUUAGAGGAAGAGGUACUUGCUGAUACAGAAACACCUACAAAGAAAAUUGAGGCGGAUGAUGCUCCAAAACAUUUUACAGAUGAGGAUAUUUUUUCUAAACAACUCCCAAUAGAUAAGCUCGAAUGUCUUGACAUUGUAGGUUUCAAAACUACCGAAGAAAUGGUAAAAGACCAAUCGAAGGACGGGGUUGUAUUGGAGGAGGAACACGCUCACGACAUGACUGAAUUGUUAGAGCCGAUAGCUAGGGAUACCGUGUCUAAAAUAACUAUAAUUAAGACAGAAGAAACGACAACACCUAUUUCUGUAGAAAUUGUACAGGAAGAAAUAACAAAACAUGUUUCAGACACAGUAGAAAUUGUUUCUGAACAUAAGGCUAAAACUAUAACUCCGAUUGAUGUCUCUUCAAUUGUUAAAACCGUAGAUACAGUUACUACUAAAGUUAUUGAGGAAUCUGAAGAUACAUCUACUGAUGUUCAUUUGGAAACAAAAGAGCCAGUAGCUGUUGAAGAUAUUAAAUCUACUAAAGAUACCAAAUCUUUCGAAGAAGCUAAAGACACUGAUUCUUUAGAGGAAGAUGUACUCACUGAUUCAGAAACAACUACAAAAGUAAUUCAGGAGGAUGAUGCUCCAAAACAAAUAACAGAAGAGGAUAUUAUUUCUAAACAUCUUACCAUAGAUAAGCUCGAAUCUCUAGAAAUUGUAGGUCUAAAAACUACUGAAGAAAUAGUAAAAGACCAAUCGAAGGAAAGGGUUGCAUUGAAAGAGAAACAUGUUCACGACAUGACUGACUUGUUGGAACCGAUAGCUAGGGAUACCGUAUCUGAAAUAACUAUAAUUAAGACAGAAGAAACGACAAAACCUAUUUCUGUAGAAAUUGUAAAAGAUGAAAUAACACUACAUGUUACAGACACAGUGGAAAUCGUUUCUGAACAUGAGGCUAAAACUAUUACUCCAGUUGAUGACACUUCUAUUGUUAAAACUGUAGAUACAGUUACUACUGAAGUUAUUGAGGAAUCUGAAUAUACCUCUACUGAUGUUCAUUUGGAAACAAAAGAGCCAGUAACUGUUAAAGAUAUUGAAUCUACUAAAGACUCAAAAUCUGUUGAAGAAGCUAAAGACACUGAUUCUUUAGAGGAAGAGGUACUGGCUGAUACAGAAUCACCUAGAAAAGUAAUUGAGGCGGAUGAUGCUCCAAAACAAAUUACAGAAGAGGAUAUUAUUUCUAAACAUCUUCCCAUAGAUAAGCUCGAAUCUCUAGAAAUUGUAGGUCUAAAAACUACCGAAGAAAUAGUAAAAGACCAAUCGAAGGACGGGGUUGCAUUGGAAGAGAAAAACGUUCACAACAUGACUGACUUGUUGGAACCGAUAGCCAGGGAUACAGUAUCUGAAAUAACUAUGAUUAAGACGGAAGAAACGACAACACCUAUUUCUGUAGAAAUUGGAAAAGAUGACAUAAAAACACAUGUUACAGACACAGUGAAAAUCGUUUCUGAACAUGAGGCUAAAACAAUUACUCCAUUUGAUGACUCUUCUAUUCUUAAAACUGUAGAUAAGGUUACUACUAAAGUUAUUGAGGAAUCUGAAGAUACCUCUACUGAUGAUCAUUUGACAACAAAAGAGCCAGUAUCUAUUGAUGAUAUUAUAUCUACUAAAGACACAAAAACUGUCGAAGAAGCUAAAGACACUGAUUAUUUAGAGGAAGAGGUACUCACUGAUACAGAAACACCUACAAAAGUAAUUCAGGCGGAUGAUGCUCCAAAACAAAUUACAGAAGAGGAUAUUAUUUCAAAAAAUCUUCCUAUAGAUAAGCUCGAUGCUCUAGAAAUUGUAGGUUUAAAAACUUCCGAAGGAAUGGUAAAAGACCAAUCGAAGGAUGGCGUUGCCUUGGAAGAAGAUCGCGUUCACGACAUGACUAAAUUGUUGGAACCAAAAGUCAGUGAUACAGUAUCUGAAAUAACUUUAAUUAAGACGGAAAAAACAGCAACAUCUGCUUCAGUAGAAAUUGUAGAGGGAGAAAUAACACCUCUUGUUACAGAAACAGUGGAAAUGGUUUCUAAUUAUAAGGAUGAAACUAGUACUCCAGACACAAAAGAGAAGAAAGAAGCUACACCAGUUUAUGACGUUGAUGACUCUUCUAUUGUUAAAACUGUAGAUACGGUUACAACUAAAGUUAUUGAGGAAUCUGAAGAUACCUCUACUGAUAAUCAUUUAAAAGCAAAAAAGCCAGUAUCUAUUGAAGAUAUUAAAUCUACUAAAGACACAAAAACUGUCAAAGAAGCUAAAGACACUGAUUCUUUAGAGGAAGAGGUACUUGCUGAUACAGAAACACCUACAAAGAAAAUUGAGGCGGAUGAUGCUCCAAAACAUUUUACAGAUGAGGAUAUUUUUUCUAAACAACUCCCAAUAGAUAAGCUCGAAUGUCUUGACAUUGUAGGUUUCAAAACUACCGAAGAAAUGGUAAAAGACCAAUCGAAGGACGGGGUUGUAUUGGAGGAGGAACACGCUCACGACAUGACUGAAUUGUUAGAGCCGAUAGCUAGGGAUACCGUGUCUAAAAUAACUAUAAUUAAGACAGAAGAAACGACAACACCUAUUUCUGUAGAAAUUGUACAGGAAGAAAUAACAAAACAUGUUUCAGACACAGUAGAAAUUGUUUCUGAACAUAAGGCUAAAACUAUAACUCCGAUUGAUGUCUCUUCAAUUGUUAAAACCGUAGAUACAGUUACUACUAAAGUUAUUGAGGAAUCUGAAGAUACAUCUACUGAUGUUCAUUUGGAAACAAAAGAGCCAGUAGCUGUUGAAGAUAUUAAAUCUACUAAAGAUACCAAAUCUUUCGAAGAAGCUAAAGACACUGAUUCUUUAGAGGAAGAUGUACUCACUGAUUCAGAAACAACUACAAAAGUAAUUCAGGAGGAUGAUGCUCCAAAACAAAUAACAGAAGAGGAUAUUAUUUCUAAACAUCUUACCAUAGAUAAGCUCGAAUCUCUAGAAAUUGUAGGUCUAAAAACUACUGAAGAAAUAGUAAAAGACCAAUCGAAGGAAAGGGUUGCAUUGAAAGAGAAACAUGUUCACGACAUGACUGACUUGUUGGAACCGAUAGCUAGGGAUACCGUAUCUGAAAUAACUAUAAUUAAGACAGAAGAAACGACAACACCUAUUUCUGUAGAAAUUGUAAAAGAUGAAAUAACACUACAUGUUACAGAUAUGGUGGAAAUCGUUUCUGAACAUGAGUCUGAAACUAUUACUCCAGUUGAUGACACUUAUAUUGUUAAAACUGUAGAUACGGUUACUACUGAAGUAAUUGAGGAAUCUGAAUAUACCUCUACUGAUGUUCAUUUGGAAACAAAAGAGCCAGUAGCUGUUGAAGAUAUUGAAUCUACUAAAGACACAAAAUCUGUUGAAGUAGCUGAAGACACUGAUUCCUUAGAGGAAGAGGUACUGGCUGAUACAGAAACGCCUACAAAGAAAAUUGAGGCGGAUGAUGCUCCAAAACAUAUUACACAAGAGGAUAUUAUUUCUAAACAACUCCCAAUAGAUAAGCUCAAAUCUCUUGACAUUGUAGGUUUCAAAACUACCGAAGAAAUGGUAAAAGACCAAUCGAAGGACGGGGUUGCAUUGGAAGAGAAACACGUUCAUGACAUGACUGACUUGUUUGAACCGAUAGCCAGGGAUACAGUAUCUGAAAUAACUAUGAUUAAGACAGAAAAAACGACAACACCUAUUUCUGUAGAAUUUGUAAAAGAUGAGAUAACAACACAUGUUACAGACACAGUGGAAAUCGUUUCUGAACAUGAGGCUAAAACUAUUACUCCAGUUGAUGACUCUUCUAUUGUUAAAACUGUAGAUACGGUUAUUACUAAAUUUAUUGAGGAAUCGGUAGAUACCUCUACUGAUGAUCAUUUGAAAACAAAAGAGCAAAUAUCUAUUGAAGAUAUUAAAUCUACUGAAGACACAAAAACUGUCGAAGAAGCUAAAGACACUGAUUCUGUAGAGGAAGAGGUACUCGCUGAUACAGAAACACCUACAAAGAAAAUUGAGGCGGAUGAUGCUCCAAAACAUAUUACACAAGAGGAUAUUAUUUCUAAACAACUCCCAAUAGAUAAGCUCGAAUCUCUUGACAUUGUAGCCGAUAGCUAG